CAUGGUGGGUUCAUCCUUUUCCUUAUCUUCCUCUGCCUCCAACGGCUGCUCUUCCGACGUGAUUACUUCCGGACCACUGGACUCAACUUUCUCGUCCGCAAUGUCGCCCUCACUUUCAGGAAGGAUGACUUCUUCCGGGUGUGGGGGAUCGUAAUGCUCUUCGGCAACAACAACAACCGCUGGCUCUUCUUUGAUGGACACCUCCUGUGA